UCAUUAAGUACUUGCUCAGCAACAUUCACUUCCUCUUAGAAAAAGUGUACAUGGAGAAUUGGCAAAGUGCUCUACCGUAUUCCGACUGCUGGAUUCAGUUUGAUCUAAUUUGAUUUGAUUGUCACGUCUACAGAAAAAGGCACAAGUUCAUGAUGCAAUCCAACAGUUUCCACAAUUUUAAUUCAACUCUUCGUUAUAUAACUGAAGACACCAGCAAUUACUUCGAUUAUGAUGUAAAUACAUCAAAUUCAGAUUCCUAUUACGUUAUACUGUGUGAAGAUGAAGAUUUACAACAAUUUGGAGCUACAUUCACAGUGGUCUUCUACGUCCUUGUUUUCAUCCUUGCGACCAUAGGUAACAUCUUACUUUUGUGGAUCAUGUUGAGGUACGAGAAGCUGAAAACCAUAACGGACAUAUUCAUUGUGAAUCUGGCCAUUUCGGAUUUGCUUUUUGCCGCCUCACUCCCGUUUUGGGCAAAGGAUCACGUAUCUGGAUGGGUCUUUGGGAACGCCAUGUGCAAAUUACUGAGCGGCGUUUUCUUCGUUGGCUAUUACAGCGGGAUCAUGUUUCUGACACUGAUGACGGCUGAUCGAUACUUUGCUGUGGUCCACGCUGUUUACGCUUCAAGAAGUAGAAAAACCUGCUACGCAGUCACAGCAAGCCUGGUCGUUUGGGCAAUUAGUUUAUCAGCCUCAGUGCCUGAAUUCAUUUACUCCACUGAAAUUACAUGGGAUCAAACAAAGUUUUGUGAGGCUAACUAUCCAGAAGAUAGUGAACACAUCUGGUUGUUGUUCGGGUAUUACCAGCAAAUUAUAUUGUUCUUCUUAAUUCCAUUAGUUGUCAUUGUGUAUUGCUAUUAUAAAAUCAUGAACACUGUGCUGAGGUGUAAAGCAAGGAAGAAGUACAAAGCAGUGAAGGUGAUCUUGUGUAUUGUGGUGAUUUUCUUCCUGUGUUGGGCACCAUACAAUAUGGUGAUUUUCCUGGUCUCUCUGAAACAACUUAAUGUGUCGCCAUUCACAACCUGUGAGAUGAGCAAACACAUCGACUACGCGUAUUUCAUCAGUCGUAACCUCGCUUAUUUCCACUGCUGUCUCAACCCCGUGUUUUACGCUUUUGUAGGUACAAAAUUUAAAAUGUAUUUAGUGCAAUGUCUGGGAAAAUUGUUUCCAUGUAUUAAAGUCAGCAAACAAGUUUCCAGAAGCACAACUGCCAACCACAGCAGCUCUCAAACCUGGUUCGAUGGUGAGUUAGUGGUUAAGUCAUGUCUAGAAAGGUAGUCAGUGAAGGUUGAACUUGUAACAUUGUACCUUUGGAAGCGAUAGGUUUAUUAACUAUAAUUUAGAGGCUUGUGAAAGGUUACUCAUUUGUGCAAUUAUUAUUCAGACAUUUUCUAUGAACUCAAAUUGUAUGAAUUCAUAUCAAUUUGUAUUAAUUCCAUUCAUUUUUAUAUGUAAAGGAGCUAUUCUAUAAUGUAGAUAACAUUCUGAGGUAAAGUGUCAUUUGAAAAAAAUGUGUUUGUACAAAAGUGGUUACCAAUAAAAGUGAUUAUCUUC